AUGACGGGCACCGUUAAGGUGAGGUAUAGGACGGAAGAUGGGUCGGCGAAGGCUGGGAGGAGCUACAAGCACACGGAAGGAGAGUUGGUCUUCGAGCCGGGGAUGUUUCGACAGUCCAUUGAGAUUGAAACAGUUGCCAACCCUCUGUGGUCACCGACCUUGGAGUACAAGGUCCAGCUUUACGACCCAGAGGGCUGCACACUUGGCUUGUACUUGCAGACAGCAAGGGUGAAGGUGAUUGAUCGAAAUCCCUUUCCGACUUCGAAGUAUGCUGAGCAGCUCAAGAAGGGCAAGGAGGGGGUGAUGAAAAUUCGUGGCAUCGGACUUCUGUGGGAAUACUGGAAGCUCUGCUAUGGAGUCACCGGGGUGAGGUGGCGCACCUUCUUGAUAUUGUUCUUGGAUCAGUUCCGGAAUGGAUAUGCCGUCGUCAAGCUGGUGCUUAAUAUGUAUAUCGUUGAUGUGCUGUUCAACACGGCCGACCCUUCCACUGAGGCCAAGCUUUGGCUGCCGGAUCGUUUGAGCACGGCUGUGCUCUUAGGUUGCUUCUAUGUGUUGCCGAUGAUUGCCAUUCACAUCGGUGCCGUGAUCAAGAACCAGAUCGACUUGCCUGGGCAGCUUCGCCUCUUUUUGCAAAGCUGCUUGUUCCGGAAGUACUUAAACUACAGCGAGGAAGCACGUGCCACUGUAGCACCUUCCGACAUGCAGACGGCUAUCACCCGAGAUUCAGGCAAUGCCGCGAAUGCCUAUGUCAAGGUGCUGGAUCUCAUCGCAAUAGUUUUCGAACUCAUUGUCUUCUCGUACUUCACGCUCGACCGGAACCCCACCGCCAUCAUUUUCAUCCUGGCCAUGCCAGCAUGCAUGGCACUGUAUUUCGCAGUGGUCAGCAGCCUGUGCCGUGCUGGUGUUAAUGACUGGAAAGCCAAGGAGGUUUUGGUCCUCCGUAUCGUUGCAGAAGUCUGCGAACGUUACCGGCUCAUAGCAGACUAUUUUCAGCGACCGCAGAUGAACGAGGCUUUUGCAGCGACUGCCGGAGCACUGCGUAAAGCCCAGAGUCGAAAGGCUCUCGCCAAUCUGAAUGACGACAUGUUUCCGCAAUGGUUGGGCCCUGGCUUUACGGGUCUCUACAUUGCCAUGGAUGCCAACAACGUUUUGACCGGUCAGGUGACGCUUGGCACCUUCCUGGCUACCAUCAGCAUUCUCGGGAGCAUCAGCGGCCAAUUUGCAAGAGCAUACAAUGUCGUCCUGGAUAUCUAUGAGCUGACGGCCCCAGUGAAGAAGCUGACCGUCUUCUUCAACAAGUCUACGGAUCUGCUAACUUGGAAGGAAGUGAACCGGCAGCGACGGGACAACACGAGAAAAGCUCGUGAUGCCCUCUUCAAGAAAGAGGAGGAGGAGGGCGGGGAGCCAGCACUUUACAAGACUGACCUUAUCGAACUGAGGCUUGAGAACAUGGCCUAUUCAAACGUGGCAAAGACGCUCUUCCACGACGUGAACUUGACCAUCCCGCAAGGAAAGCUGGUAGCCGUGACCGGACCACAUGGCUCCGGGAAGUCCACCUUGAUGAGGCUCUUGAGCCAUAUCAUCUUCCCGAACAGUGGCUGCAUUUUCUUUCCGUCGCACCUUCGCAUCCUGCACUUAGCACAGGAGCCACUGCUCUUGAACGCUUCUGCAUGGGUCAACCUGGUCUUCGGGGUCGGAGAUCGCAAGGUCGUUCCAAGGCGCAUUCGGACAAUCCUCGAGAUGAUGGGGAUGACUGCGACGCUCCGUCUCAUCAAGGAUGACUUGGAGCGCGUAGAGCGAGAGGGCCGCCGGAAGGCGGGCGACACCUGGAGCCAGCCGGCCAACAGCGGAUGGAUGGAAGGGUUGACCUAUACAGAAAAAGUGAAGAUGUGCUUGGCUCGUGCUCUGAUCAUGAACCCGGAAGUCAUGGUCCUCCAGCGGCCGCUCCACCACUAUGAUGCUGACACUGCCAUCACAAUGGAGAAGCUGCUGAGGAAGCAUGUCGAAGAGAGGGGCUUGGUGUUGCCGGAGGAGCAGCGCAUACACCGCCGACCGCGAACCGCCUUCUUCACCCUAGAGAGUGCUGAACAGGCCAAAGGCGCCGACAUCAUUCUGUAUAUCCAGGAGGAUGGCACCAUAUUGGCCCAGAACUCGCCUUCAACGGACGAGCCUGUCACCGAGAGCACGCCAGCUGAGGACAAGCCAGCUGAGGACCAGCCGGUAGAAUGA